AUGGGUCGAAACUGUAGGGUUUAUGUUGGACACCUGAGCUCGCGAGUACGUGAAAGGGAUUUGGAUGACGAGUUCUCGCGUUUUGGAAAGAUAAGGGAUAUUUCCCUGAAGCAAGGAUUCGCGUUCGUUGAGUAUGAUCAUUCAGAAGAUGCGGAAUACGCAGUCCGCAAAAUGGAUGGUGUGAACUUGGAAGGAAUGAGAAUUCUGGUGGAAUUCGCGAAGGAAACUCCAAAGAGAGGCCCGCGGGGAGGUUCCGGAUACCGUAUUUACGCAGAAAAUCUGAGCCAGAACACGAGUUGGCAAGACCUCAAGGAUUUUGCGAGGAAAGCAGGGAAGGUUAUCUAUACCGAUGUCUUCAGUGAGCGUGGUGAAAAGCUGGGAGUCAUUGAAUAUGCCACACGGGAAGACAUGGAAGACGCUCUUUACAAGCUCGAUGGAACCGAACUUCAUCGCUCAAAAGUUCGACUUGUGAAGGAAAGUGAACGUGGCGGCGGCUCGGACAAACGUGAUCGCAGCCGAUCUCGCGACAGAUCGCGUGACCGAUCGCGUGACCGUUCUCGAGACAGGAGAGAACGUUCUGACAGUCGCGAUCGUCGUGAGAAGUCUCCUUCAGAGCGUGGAGAUCGUGAUCGAGAGGGCAGCCGAGAUCGCUCCCCUUCCCGGGAGAAAGAUGAUGUUAAGGAGGAUCGCAGAGACGAUGAAGAAGACAGUAAGAAUCGCAGUGCGCGCCUUGUCGCUGGUUCCCACGGUGGCUUACAUGGUUCUCCUCGGUCCUGAACAACUCAUCCCCUUCAUGAUCCUCGAGCCGCUGCUGAGUCGGCGUCAGAGUCGGCCGAUGAGCCGGGCCCGGGCCACUCAGCGGCCAGCCGCCUUAGUGGUCAGUGACCGGGUGCCCGGGCCAGUGGCGGAGGCUGGGCCAGUGGCCGGGUCCCGGUUGCUUUCGGUUUUCACUCCUCCCCCCGGGAUCUUUCCAGUUCCUCACUGGGCCGCAAUCACUGAUCGCGAGGACCGUUUGACCAUGGAGGAUGGUGUUCCAAGAAGAGAUUUCUGGGGAACUUACUGGGAUCCCCCCGUUCAGCACUUGUGGGGCACGUACACUAACCCCAUCGAGUCCACCUAA